AUGGAGGCGGCGCGUCACGCGGGGAAGAAGCGGGGUCCGGAGGACGACGCGGAGGCGGAGGUGCACCACACGUUCCGGGGCGCCGCCAACGCGCUCUCGCAGCUCUACGCGCAGGCCGUCGCCAACCAGAAGGCCUCCUUCAUCGCCGGCGAGCGCCACGCCAUGGAGCGUACCCAUCGGUGGAUAUCCAGUCAGCAUGAAGAAGCAUCGGGAGUGUCUGUUGCUGAUGUACUUGCUUACUUGCAGAAUGAGAUUGAGAGCAGAGGAGGCAUGGCAGGGUCUUCCCAACAUCCAACUCCACAGCCAGCAUAUGGUCUUCCUUCUGCAAAUGUCCAAAUCAACUCCUUCUCAUUUGGAAAUGUGGCGGCUGCACUUGACUCUCAGCUGUACCAAACCGACCAAACAAGAACUGCAGGCAUCUCAAACGUUUUCAGCAGUCCUUCACAGCAAAAUUCCCAUUCAAACCAUCUGGUUCAGUGCUCAGGACAUGGCCCUGUAAACUCCCCGCCAAGUGGAAGCAAAGCUCGGAACGACCAUUCUCCACAGAACCAGGACUCCGUGCAUCCCAAUUCGUACGAGCCCUCCAUGGAUAUGAACCAUGAUGCUCCUUGA